CAGUCGUGUCCGUUUUGCUUUUCGAGCUUUAGUAGGAUUGCUAGAUCAGCAACAAAAACGUAGUGUCGUAAGGCUGGAGGUGUGUCCUUGCUUGUUCUCGGAGUUACUGGAAGUCAGCGUGUCCAAAGAGUGCAAACUAGAGCCAGUUAGUGGAAGUUGUCUGUGAUCCCCAGCCUCCUUAGUUGUGUUGUGGUCCGUCCUGUUUCGAUCGUUCGCGCGCUCCCGCUCUCUCUCUCGCUCACUCGUUCACCGUUGGAGCCGUUUUGGAACCGUGGGAAAAAUCAGUGACGAUCGCGAAAUUCCGGUCCCACACCGUGGUGCGCCGAGUGCUCAGCUGAGGAAGAAGACCUGCACGAACACUCCGCGAUCGCUCCGUACGCCCGGUUUGCUCGCUCACUCGCUCUCAUUCGCCACGGGUCACUUGGAUAUUGGUUAAAGGAAGAAGCCUCGCCUGGUCGUUGGGUCGUUGGGGAAAGAGACAACAAUACACAACUCCCCCCCUAUUCUCGUUUGAUCGUUUUCGCCAAUUCGCGAUCGUGCGAUCAUCAGCACCCCUACGAUUUGCACGUGCCCGCAGAUUUUUUGUCGCUUGCCUUUCUUGUUACUCGUGUGUGCGCGCGUCUGUGGUGUGUGACAAACAAAACAAACAAACAAACAAACAAAAAACAGUCAACGGCACCCCAUUUUGCAGCCCUCCUCGAAAAGCAUCGCAAAACUGUGCUGUUGGAGGAGAGAAAGUUGGUGGAAUGUGUCCGCGUGCAAACGAGGAAGAAAACUCGUAAGCCUCGUAGGCCCCCGCGGUGGCCAAAGAAACUUGUAAAGAACUCCCUCUCGUUCUACUCGUUCUGAACGCGCGUUCCGCCUCACGUGGGGUGGACGGAUAUAAGCCUCUAUAUGGGUGUACUGAAUGUGAUCAGUUCCGGUGCCGCUAUCGUCGAGUGCCAACAGCAGCAUCAGCAGCAGCAGCAGCAGCAGCAGCAGCAGCUACAGCUACAGCAGAGCAAGCAGAAGAACGACACAAUCUUCUCGCCGAUUAAGAACAAGAUGAAGGUCCUGAAGAAGAUCAAGAAGCGGAUGGGACUAGCAACGAGAAGCGCUUCGUCCUGCCCCGGUCCGAACAAUCUACCUCCGCUCCAGUUCCACACCGUGCACGGGGACAAUAUCCGGAUUUCGCGCGAAGGCACGGUCGCCAAGCGGUACGAGUCGUUCUGCAAGGGCAUCACGUUCAGUGCGCGACCGGUGCGCGUCAACGAGCGUGUCUGCGUCAAGUUCCUCGACAUCUCGAGCAACUGGAGCGGCGUGAUCCGGUUCGGUUUUACCUGCAACGAUCCGGCUUCGCUGCGCGGCAACCUACCCAAGUACGCCUGCCCGGAUCUCACCAACAAGCCCGGCUUCUGGGCGAAGGCACUGAACGAGCGGUACUGCUACCGGAACAACGUACUGUUCUACUACGUCACCCCGUCCGGUGAUGUCCACUUCGGGAUCAAUGGCGAGGAGAAGGGCGUCUUCAUUACGGACGUGGAUGCGCGCGGUCCACUGUGGGCCGUGAUCGACGUGUACGGCAAUUCGACGGCGAUCGAGUUUCUCGACUCGCGCAUCUACAUGUUCCAGGCACAGCAGCAACAGCAGCAACAUCAUCAGCAGCACCAUCAGCACCAUCAGCAUCAUGGAGCCGGUGCACAGUCGCAGCGGCGGUCAACGGAUCAGGAGAUUGUGCCGCAGCUCGAAUCACUUAGCAUCAACCAGCACAACCAUCAGCUGAUGGAGGAUCAAUCGGUCCGUGCUACGGUUCAGGUGCCACCGAUGGCCGCCUGUGGUAGUACGGCGAUGCUCAGUCCAACGAGUGCGGCGGCUUCGGUACGCUAUAACAGCCCAGCACCGGGGCUUCUUCCGCUACCGUUCCAUCCGGUGCGUGGCCGUAACAUCAAGUUCUCGGCCGAUCGGUACAUUGCGACACGCGCCGACAUUGAGUUCUGCCAGGGGUACGUGUUCUCGCCGCGUCCCGUCAAGAUCGGUGAACGGUUGAUCAUUCAGAUCCUGAAGACGGACUCACUGUUUGUCGGUUCGCUUGCCCUUGGGCUGACGUCCUGUGAUCCGGCGACGCUGCAGUUGAACGAUCUGCCCGAUGAUUCCGAUAUGCUGCUCGAUCGGCCCGAGUACUGGGUGGUCAGUAAGGAUGUCGCUUCCACGCUGGUCCGUGGAGAUGAGCUGUGCUUUAGCGUGACGGUGAACGGGGAGGUGCAGAUCAGCAAGAACGGUGGCCCGCCGUCGGUGAUCAUGCACAUCGAUCAGUCGCUGCAGCUGUGGGCGUUCCUGGAUGUGUACGGAUCGACGCAGAGUGUCCGGCUGUUCUCGCACACGCUUCCGGUGCCGUCGGUGGCCGGUUCCUGUGCCUCGAGUAUGUACGAGGUGCGUUCGCACUCUUCGCUGGCCGCAAGCAGUGCCGCUGUGGCCGCCUCUAGUCAGUCCGUCAAUCGUAACCUGCAAGUACAAAUGCAAUCGGUGGUCGGUGCUUCGUGUUCCUCGUCCUCGUCAGGUCCGGGCACGAUGAUGGUGGCCGCUGAAUCACAGGCAUCGCUUGCGUCCGCUGCUAGCUGUCGUACGAUCGCUGGAACGGCCACCGUGCGCCCCGAUAUGAUUCAGAUUAAUCCGGGUGGUACGGUGCUGGUUGUUAAUCUGCCACCGGCUGAUGUCCUGUCUCAGCAGCAGCAACAGCAACAGCAGCAUCAGCAAUCGCAGCCGCCACAGCAAGCAACGAUCGUCACACGCGGUAUGACGGGAUCCGCUUCGACGCUGUCCGUGCCACUGUCUACGCUUUCGCUCUCGUCGCAUACCGGUUCGACCGGAACCGGAACGGCCGUUGAGCUGAUGGCGACCAAUAAUAACAACAACAACAAUUACGCCGCCAGCAAUGGCUAUCCUGAGGCACUUCCCUCGUACAAUAAUGCGGCCAACUACUCCACGGUAACUGGUGCUGGGCCGGCGGCGGCUACGGCCACCGGUGGCAUCUACAGUUCGACCAACUGCGUCGAUUGUACGAUUUGCUUCGAGAAACCGAUCGACUCCGUGCUGUACAUGUGCGGUCACAUGUGUAUGUGCUACGACUGUGCCAUCAAGCAGUGGCGCGGUAUCGGUGGUGGCCACUGUCCCCUGUGCCGGGCCGUCAUUCGUGAUGUCAUCCGGACGUACAAAUCGUAAUCGAUCUCAGCACGCAGCGGUCGGUCGGUCGCGGGCCAAGGAAUGCUAGCCAAAGAAUGGCACAAAAUUGUGAUCAAAAAACGGGGCACGACGAAGACGGCGACGGAGUCAUCGGGAUCGUCGUCGGUAUAUCAGCAUCGCCAAAAUUGGAUUAAAGAGUGCGUCCGCUGCUCAACACAUUAGCCAACCGAGGGGCCGGGUGCCCUACUAAAUUUACACUCAUAGUUUAUUGCUUGCCCGAUAAACUAGGGAGUAGUCAAAAUUCUUAGUGAAUCAAGUUUACCCAGUUUGGUUCGGUCAGGUCAGGUUGAGCGCGUUGUAUUCUUAGCAUCUUUUUUCUGUUUGAGUAGAGCUGAGCUAGAGGCAAUGGAUGGAUGGAAAGGAGAGCAGAAGGUAGAGCCGUUAAAGUAGUUUCAUAAGGGCCUAGCAAAACGCGAGCGAUGAUGUAAGAUGAAAGGUUGAGGUUCCCGUCAACUGAAUCACGGCUCUCCGAAGACGCACACAAAAAGGGGCAACAGGAGGCCAGUUUGGGCAAUGGCGGGUAGCCAAGGGACGAGUGGUUCUACGGAGCCACUCUCCUUUCUCGCCGACGCGACUCGAUGUUACAUGUUGGUUAGUGAUAGUAUGACACGCGGUGCGCGCCAAACACUUUUUGCCAAAUAAGUCACUUCCAAAAACGAAGCAAACGAUGAGGAAGGAGAAGAAGAUGAAGCGUGUUAGAGUGGCGCGUCGGGGGCCUUAGCCAGUAGGAACGAAAGGGCCGCUAUGAGAAGCUAUUCGAACCGGCCACAGAAAGUAUUUGACGCCAACCAUUAACAUGGAGGCAAACACAGCUGGAGCUGGUUGCGCAGGCCAGUCUUGACUAGAGUGUACAGUUUAAUGCAGUAGUUUUGUAGGAAAAGCGACAAUGUUAAAGUGAGUGAGGUGUGCCGGCUCCUCGCAAACUAACCGCUAGCUGUGUAGAAGGAUCCGUUUUUCAAACUUCUUCUCCAGCAUUAUCAUUCGCAUCGUUUAGCCGUCAUAUAAUCGUCAUCAUCAUUUCGUUCGCUCGCAAAAAAAAACACCGUCACAUGAUGAGGAUGAAAUGUGGCAGGCUCAUCAUCGGUUCAUCUAUUCUAAUUUUCUAGUCAACAUAGACAAAGCUAAACUAUUUCGAAACUACGCCACUAUCCGGUACGGCAUCGGAUGUGGAACAUUAUUAGAGCAAACGUUUUACGAAAAUAUUACAAAAUUAUACGAAAACAAAAGAAAACAAAUUACGCUUUG